AUGCACAGUGUCAUGACCCCCUACUAUAGUGAAGAGACUGUUUAUUCCAAAUCUGAUCUUGAAAUGGAGAAUGAAGAUGGUGUAUCAAUCAUUUACUACUUGCAAAAGAUUUACCCAGAUGAGUGGAAUAACUUCAUGGAAAGAAUCAAUUGCAAAAAAGAGAGCGAGGUUUGGGAAAAUGAAGAAAACAUUUUACAACUGCGUCAUUGGGGCUCCUUAAGAGGUCAAACACUCUGUCGCACAGUUAGAGGGAUGAUGUACUACAGACGAGCUUUGAGACUUCAAGCUUUCCUUGAUAUGGCUAAAGAAAGUGAGAUACUAGAAGGUUACAAAGCCAUCACAGUUCCAAAUGAGGAAGAUAAGAAAAGUCAAAGAUCUGUGUCUGCUCAAAUAGAGGCCGUUGCUGACAUGAAAUUCACAUAUGUUGCUACCUGUCAGAACUAUGGAAAUCAGAAGCGAAGUGGAGAUCGUCAUGCAACAGACAUUCUCAAUUUAAUGGUCAACAAUCCCGCUCUCCGUGUUGCAUAUAUUGACGAAGUUGAAGAAAGAGAAGGUAGCAAGGUACAGAAGGUUUAUUAUUCUGUGUUGGUCAAAGCUGUCGAUAAUCUUGAUCAGGAAAUCUAUCGCAUAAGAUUACCAGGUCCAGCAAAAUUAGGAGAAGGAAAGCCUGAGAAUCAGAAUCAUGCUAUUAUAUUUACUCGAGGGGAAGCUCUUCAAGCCAUUGACAUGAAUCAGGAUAAUUACUUAGAAGAAGCACUUAAAAUGCGUAACCUUCUUGAAGAAUUUCAUGAAGAUCAUGGAGUACGUCCACCUACAAUUUUGGGUGUUCGGGAGCAUAUCUUUACUGGAAGUGUCUCUUCUUUGGCUUGGUUCAUGUCAAAUCAAGAAACGAGUUUUGUCACCAUUGGUCAAAGGGUUCUUGCAAGACCAUUGAAGGUCCGGUUCCAUUAUGGGCAUCCAGAUGUGUUUGAUAGGAUUUUUCACAUCACACGUGGUGGCAUCAGCAAGGCUUCUCGUGGCGUCAAUCUGAGUGAGGACAUAUUUGCUGGUUUCAACUCAACACUGAGACAAGGAAAUGUUACUCAUCACGAGUAUAUUCAAGUUGGGAAAGGUCGAGAUGUCGGGCUCAACCAAAUCUCUCUGUUUGAAGCAAAGGUAGCAUGUGGUAAUGGGGAGCAGACACUCAGCAGGGAUAUUUAUCGACUAGGCCAUCGUUUUGAUUUCUUCCGCAUGCUAUCCUGUUACUAUACAACAGUCGGAUUUUACGUCAGCUCAAUGAUAGUUGUCCUUACAGUAUAUGCUUUCUUGUAUGGCAAACUUUACCUGUCAUUAAGUGGAUUAGAGGAAUCAAUAGUUAAGUUUGCACGGGCUAGAGGAAAUGACCCGCUAAAGGCAGCCAUGGCUUCUCAGUCACUUGUUCAGAUUGGUCUUCUCAUGGCUUUGCCCAUGGUCAUGGAGAUGGGGUUGGAGAGAGGGUUCAGAACAGCAUUAGGUGACAUAAUAAUCAUGCAGCUUCAGCUUGCUCCUGUCUUCUUCACCUUUUCCCUUGGAACAAAGGUCCAUUAUUUUGGUCGAACUAUCCUGCAUGGUGGGGCAAAAUACAGAGCUACUGGGCGUGGUUUUGUGGUCCGGCAUCAGAAAUAUGCUGAGAACUAUAGGAUGUACUCAAGGAGUCACUUUGUGAAAGGACUUGAGCUUAUGAUAUUGCUUAUAUGUUAUCAGAUAUAUGGAAAGGCAGCAACUGGAACAGCUUAUGCACUUGUCACGAUCUCAAUAUGGUUCUUAGUGACUUCUUUUCUGUUUGCUCCUUUCCUUUUUAAUCCAUCAGGAUUUGAAUGGCAGAAGAUUGUGGAUGAUUGGGAUGAUUGGUCAAAGUGGAUAAGCAGCCAGGGAGGAAUUGGUGUUCCAGCAAACAAGAGCUGGGAGUCUUGGUGGGAUGAGGAACAGGAGCACCUGCGAUACACUGGAUGUUUAGGUCGGUUCUGGGAGAUAUUUCUCUCUUUGCGGUUCUUCAUCUAUCAGUAUGGAAUUGUAUACCAGCUAAAAGUGGUCAAGGAAAGUGCAACAGGAAGAAGCCGGAGCAUUAUUGUGAGUGUAUGGUCUGUCAUGGCUGGUCAUCGUUGCUAUGAUGCUCAUCUUAAAGGUUUGUGUUCAAACUUCAAACUCCAAAAACUUAUUUCUAGUGAAAAUGAACUGUUUUCUGGAUAUGGAUCUAGAGUGCAAUUCACCAACUCAAAUGCCUUUGAACUGCAGAUUGUUUCCAUGGGAAGAAAGAAGUUUAGUGCAGAUUUCCAGCUUCUGUUUAGACUUCUUAAGCUGUUUCUCUUUAUUGGAUCUGUGGUCACUCUUGUUAUCCUGUUCACUACUCUUCACCUCACAGUUGGAGACAUCUUUCAGUGUCUGCUAGCUUUUCUGCCAACUGGCAUGGCACUUCUGCAGAUAGCACAAGCUUGCAGACCAGUGGUAAAGGGCCUUAAAAUGUGGGGAUCUGUGAAAGCUCUAGCCCGAGGAAUUCCAGACCAGGCUGCUGUUCAACCAAGCAUUCAGCCGAGGACUUCAGAUUCAACGUAUUUUGGCUGGUGGAAAGAAAAACAAAUGAGAUUUGCUUACUGGAUCGUGAUCGUAGAGUGA